ACGCGAGCGGAAGCGCGCUGCCGGACCGGCCGGGCUGCCCCGCACUAAGAUGGCGGCGGCCGGGGCUCGGCGGCGGCGGUUGUUGCGGCUGCUGAUGCAGCUCGGCUCGGUGCUGCUCACGCGCUUCCCCUUCUGGAACUGCCUCAGCGCCCUCAUGCUCUUCGCCGAGCGGGCCGACGCCCGCAGGAAACCCGACAUCCCCGUCCCUUAUCUGUACUUGGACAUGGGGGCAGCGGUGUUGUGUGCCAGCUUCAUGUCCUUUGGGGUGAAGCGCAGGUGGUUUGCAUUGGGAGCUGCUCUUCAGCUGGCUGUCAGCACGUACGCGGCGUAUAUCGGGGGCUAUGUGCACUAUGGUGACUGGUUGAAGGUGAGGAUGUACUCACGAACCAUAGCUAUCAUUGGGGGGUUCCUGAUCUUGGCGAGUGGGGCUGGUGAGAUCUAUCGUCAGAAGCCACGGAGCAGGUCCCUGCAGUCCACUGGGCAGGUCUUCCUCGGCAUCUACCUCAUCUGCGUGGCCUAUUCCCUCCAGCACAGCAAAGAGGAUCGUCUGGCUUACCUCAACCACAUCCUAGGUGGGGAGAUCACCCUGCAGCUACUCUUCAUCCUCUAUGGGGUGCUGGCCCUGUCAUUCCUGUCCGGCUAUUACAUCAGCACAGCCGCCCAGAUCCUCUCGGUGAUCCUGCCCCUGGUCAUCCUGUUCAUUGAUGGGAACCUCGGCUACUGGCAUGACUCCCGGCGCGUCGAGUUCUGGAACCAGAUGAAACUCAUCGGGCAGAACGUUGGUAUCUUCGGGGCUAUCAUCAUCUUGGCCACGGAUGGUUGAGAUGGGACAUGUGGGGGCGGAUAGGACAGGCUUGGGGGAGGGCUCUGCAGUUUGGGGAAGGGGAUGGGAUUAGGUUUUUUUUAAAAUCACCAUUAUUUAUUCUUUUUUUUACUACUUUAAAAAAAUUCCUAUUUGAUUUUUUCCCACUGACGGGCCAGGGGACUCAGCGGCUGCCUCCUUCUCGAGCACGUUAGUCCUUCAUCGCACUUUGACAGGUGUUUUAAGCACAGCCCUAUAGAACCUCACUCUUCUGCCUCUGUGUAGCAGCAAAGGGGAGGGGUCCUCCCGGACACUGUAGAACAGCUGCCCACAGGGUCAGACUAGCUCCAUGAGUGGUAUGAGGAGCAUAAUUCCUCUGCUGAAAGGAGGAGUGGAUCCUGGAAGCUUUGGAGUCCCUCUGGAGAGCCAGAUGAUUGGUUACUGGAAAGAAGCCAAUGUUGAACUGAAUGGGGGACUUCAACGCUGCCCCUUCAUCGUCUUUGGUGAAUUCUGCAUAUUGGUUGCAAUGAGUGGGGUGUGUGGGGAUCAUUGUGUGUGGUGGGUGGGGAGAACGGUAAUAAUAAGCUAGCUCUUAUUUAGCACUUUGCAUCAGUAGAUCUCAAAGCGCUUUACAAAGGAGGUCAAUGUCAUUAUCCCCAUUGUACAGAUGGGGAAACCAAGGCACUGAGCGGGGACAUGACUUGCCCAAGAUCACCCAAUGGGCCAGUGGCCAAGCCAGAGUACCCUUACUCCAUUAUCAGGGGGUAGCCGUAUUAGUCUGUAUCCACAAAAACAAGGAGUCCGGUGGCACCUUAAGGAGUCAUUAGUUACUCCAUUACUUAAGCAAUUUCAUGUGGUUACAAAGAAACCCUGCUCCCCGAAAGGAUGCAGUGCUGUGGAGAGGAGCGAUUUCAAAGGGGAACAACCCUCAAUGCUCUUGAGAGGGAGAAGGAAGCUGCUCCAGAGAUGAGAAGGGAAUAAUUUUGCCUCUCCUCCCGCUCUGUGUGCAUACGUCCAUGCUGUCUCCAGUCCAUCAUUGGAGCAUGCACGUGAAUCCGUUGUGCACUGGCUUGUCUCCUAGCACAGCCCAAUGGAGGGAGCAGAUGGAUGCUGCUUUACAACCGGACAAUCCUGCCUGCCAAAGCCUGGGGGAAAGAACAGCUUCAUAGAGAGGGGAGCUGCUACCCGUCCCCCUAAGAGAGGUGGGAUUUCCAGAGUGCUGGGGUGGAGUGACUGAGUGAGGAAGGGAAGCUUGAAAGGGGAGAAAAGUCCAGUUCCCAACCCCCCAUUUCCACGUCUUACAACCCUGGUUAGUAACUGUCAGAGUCAGGGGCAGGUUCGGAGACUACGCUCCAUGUUAUAAGGUCACAUGCUGCCUUUGCCCCAUGAGGGCCUCCUGCCACCAGAUUUGGUUUGUCUUUUGUUGCAAGGCCAGCUGCAUGCAGGAUCUCUCUAGCUUCAGGGCCGUGCCCGCCUAAGGAGAGCUCUUAAACACGGGCAUUGUCUCAACUGCCUAGCUCAAGCCUUCCACUUUGUCCUGCUUUUGAGUCUUCCCUGUUUUCUAAACCACUUUCCCCAUCAUGUAUUUCUGAUGAUUAAAUGAGAAAAGGCUUUUAACUCCA